AUGUCGACCGUCACGCCCUCCCUCCUAUCCCUCGUCGAAAGCACAGCCGAGACCAGGCUCGUCGGCGACGACACCCAGCUCGCCGCCACGCUGGCCAACUCGGCGCGGCACGGCCUGCCCCCGAUCAGCAUCACCCCCCUGCACGGGCAGCACCUCUCGCUCCUGGCGCAGCUGGUCUCGGCGCGGGCGGUGCUCGAGGUCGGCACGCUGGGCGGCUACUCGGCGCAGUGGUUCGCGCGGGCCGGGGCGCGCGUGACCAGCAUCGAGGUCGACGCCCGGCACCGCGACGUGGCGCUCGAGAACCUGCGCGCGGCCGGGGUGGACGGCGCCGAGGUGGUGCUCGGCGACGCGCUCGACGUGCUGCCGCGGCUGGCGGCCGAGGGGCGCGUCUUCGACCUCGUCUUUGUCGACGCCGACUGGGGCCGGCAGGCCGACUACUUUGACUGGGCGGUGCGGCUGACGCGGCGCGGCGGCGCGAUCUACGUCGACAACGCGGUGCAGAGCAUGGUCGAGGACGGCGAGGACGGCGUCACGCGCGAGGGGAGCUUGGUGGCGAGGGUUGGGCGGGACGAGAGGGUGCGCGCGGCCUUGGUGCCGACUGUUUCGGUGAGGAAGUGGGACUGCGAGAGCGAGUUUGUCGACGGGUUCUUGUUGGCGGUUGUGCUUUUAAAAAAGGAAAAAAAAGAAAAAAAGGAAAAAAUCGUGGGAGUUGGUGGUGAUGUGGACGGCGGCACUUGUGCGGAGCGCCGGGUUGAUGAUUUGCGUUCCGGCUGCCGGCUGCGGCUGCGGCUGACGGGGGUUGAUUUAUCUUGUGAUGCUAGUGCAAUUGUAGAGAGGUGUUUAUGUUUUUUUUUAUAG